GAACAGCAGCAGCACCGCCCGCCCGGGACGCGAGCGCCGCCGCUGCAACAACCUCGCUCGCGUGAUUCCACAAACGGGCGUCACGCACAUUAUCCGGUUAAUUUACAUAUCUAACACCGCCCAGGGGGACGAACAUGAUCAUCCACCAUCGAUUGAAAGCUAACCGUGCGGAGGGGAGAAGAAAACAGCCGAAACAAAGUUUGGACGAGAGAGGCUUGUGUUAAACCAAGCGAAGUGUUUCGACUGAGACGAAGAGGCGCUUAUCGGGCUUCUUUGCCCCACUUUUGGAUUACGAUAUGGACGCUUUGAAAUCCGCUGGAAGGGCAAUUAUACGGAGCCCCAGCAUCGCCAAACAGUCGUGGGGUGCGGGCAGACAUAAAAAGCUUCCAGAGAACUGGACGGACACGAGGGAGACCCUUCUGGAGGGCAUGGUGUUCCAGCUCAAGUACCUGGGGGUCACGAUGGUCGAGCAGCCCAAAGGAGAGGAGCUGUCUGCGGCUGCUGUCAAGAGGAUAGUGGCCACGGCCAAAGCCAGUGGAAAAAAGCUCCAGAAAGUCACAUUAAAGGUCUCCCCACGAGGAAUCAUCCUUUACGACAGUGCCUCCAAUCAGCUGAUAGAAAACAUCUCCAUAUACAGAAUUUCAUAUUGCACGGCGGACAAGAUGCAUGACAAAGUGUUUGCCUACAUCGUCCAGAGCCAACACAAUGAGACUCUGGAGUGUCAUGCCUUCCUCUGCCCGAAGAGAAAAAUGGCCCAGGCGGUAACCCUAACAGUGGCUCAGGCUUUCAGAGUGGCGUUUGAAUUCUGGCAGGCUGCCAAAGAAGAGGUAGCCACAGGAAAACUUCUGGAUUUGGCAGAGGGAGCCAACGUGGCGCUGGUCCACUCAGGAACAAAGCAGACUGAAUCGGAUCCCUUUAUGGUGCAUAAUCACGCAAUAGAGAACAACAAUACUGUAUGGGAGUUGGAGGACGGUCUGGAUGAGGCUUUCUCAAGACUCGCUGAGUCUCGCACUAACCCCCAGGUCCUGGACAUUGGGGUAAACCCUCAGGACUUCAACACUGAAGAGUGCCUGUCCCCAGGCAAAUGGGACCAAGAGGACACAGACUUCACUGCACAAAAAGACACCUUUGGGUUCUAAUGUGAAGCCUCUGCCAAGAAGGGAAAACAGGGAAAGAUGAGGAGAUCAGGUGGUCAAACACAGUUGGAAUCUGAGGUGACAAAACAGACAUUUGUGACAUCGGUAAGGUUUCCACCGUCUCCCAGCUGCCAAGUCCUCUCAGUGGUGCAGUCUAGUGGCUCUUUGAUGCUCCUGCAUCUACAGGACCAGAGAAAGACAACAUGAGGCUGCUCUCAGAACAGGCCAAAGCAAUACAAACUAAUUUAUCCCUUUUCUAUGAAACAACAUGCAGUCAUUUAAUGUUUGUUACAGUCAGUAUAUUACUUCCUUUUUUUUGUGUCUGUUUACCCAUUCUCUGUUCGUAUUGUGUUUGUGGAAUGUGCUUGUGUACAUUGCGUUCAACAAAGUGUGUGUGUGAGUGUGCAGUAUAUAAAUGUACAAAGUGAGAUAUGAGAAUGUUACAUGAGUUGAAUUUGAUGUCAUUAAGGUUAAGGUCAACAAGGGUGCUCUCACAUAUUUGAUUCAUUUAGAGAUGGAGACGUAACUGGAUUAGAGGGAAGACUCACUGGUGAAGCCACCGAAGCACCAGUUCCAGUAUUUGGCAAACAGUAAAGUUACUACCUAUGUGCUUCAAGGAUUCAGCCGUUGUGCAACGAAAGCUUUAAAAAAAAUAGUUUGUAUGUGUUUGUCAAAGAGUGUUUGUGCGGAAAAUGAAUGAAAACAAAAUGACAAUCUUAUUUUUUUUUUCUACUGCAAAAUCUAUUUUUGCACUCAGCAUUCAUCCAUUUUUAAAAGCACAUUUCAUGUGAGGGAAUUUAAUGUCAAUGAGCAUCCAACUGAUUAUUUAGGCUUAUAUACAGUGCCACUAUUCACUAUCCUCUUGGACUUCUUACUGUUUUAUUUUACAGUUUUGAAUCUCUGUGGAUUCAUUCAGCUUUUUCACUGUUACGUUGAUCACAAUCUUGUGCCUCACAAGAUUUUCUUCCAUUGUAGAGAACAGCAACACAUUUCAAAGUGAGCAGGUCAUAAUUUCCACUCUGGGUCAUGGAGAGAAGUCCAGAGUUGUUUUGGCUUCUCUUUGACCAUGUCAGCAAGUCUCAUUAAUCCACUGUGAUUCACAGUUGAAAAAACAAAACAUGAAGUCCAAAAGGGUGAAUGCGUUUUAUCGUCACUCUACCACUGUAUGUUAAAUUAUAUUGCAGCAUUGACUCUGCUAGUUUACUUUUUUUUUUCCGGGAAUGGUUCCCAGUGUUAUUUUUGCCAUUUGUUCAUGUAUGAAUUUUAUUUAAUUCAUGAAUUUACAUAAAUUUUAAAUGAAAGCCAA